GCUCGCUCGCUAGGGUUACCUUACCGCCGCGCCGCCCUCCCUCUCAUUUGCAGUCGCCUCUGCUUCUCCAUCUCGUUCACGCCGGCGGAGGACCCUCUCCCACUCGUGCUCAUCGUUCCCCUCGCCGUCAGUUGCUCCACCGCCGGGCUCCUCCGCAGCUUCUGGUGUUGCUAUUGAGUUAGCACUGAAUAAGACACUAGGUUUACCCGAGCAUCAUUGUGCAGUUUCCAAGAUGGCUCGCCGAGGAUUGAUGGAACAGGACUUAAGCAAGCUUGAUGUGACAAAGCUUCACCCAUUGUCACCUGAAGUUAUCUCACGCCAAGCGACCAUUAACAUUGGUACCAUCGGCCAUGUGGCUCAUGGAAAGUCCACUGUUGUGAAAGCUAUUUCUGGAGUUCAGACUGUCCGGUUCAAGAAUGAGCUGGAGCGUAACAUUACUAUAAAGCUGGGUUAUGCUAAUGCAAAAAUCUACAAAUGUGAGGACGACAGAUGUCCACGACCGAUGUGCUACAAGGCCUACGGAAGCGGAAAAGAAGACAGCCCUCACUGUGAUGUGCCUGGGUUUGAAAACACUAGGAUGAAGCUCCUGAGACAUGUUUCUUUUGUUGAUUGCCCGGGGCACGACAUUCUCAUGGCUACAAUGCUUAACGGAGCUGCUAUCAUGGAUGGAGCACUGCUUUUGAUUGCAGCGAAUGAAAGUUGCCCACAGCCCCAGACAUCUGAGCAUCUUGCAGCUGUUGAGAUCAUGCGUCUCCAGCAUAUCAUCAUUCUGCAGAACAAGAUUGACCUUAUCCAGGAAAGUGCAGCGAUGAACCAGCAUGAAGCAAUCCAAAAAUUCAUCCAGGGAACAAUAGCUGAAGGCGCUCCUGUGGUGCCUAUAUCUGCCCAGCUGAAAUACAACAUUGAUGUGAUCUGUGAAUACAUUGUGAAGAAAAUCCCCAUCCCUGAAAGGAACUUUACCUCACCUCCCAAUAUGAUUGUUAUUCGCUCGUUUGAUGUUAACAAGCCUGGUUCAGAGGUUGAUGAAAUUAGGGGUGGUGUAGCUGGUGGCAGUAUCCUCAGGGGAGUUCUGAGGGUAAACCAGAAAAUUGAAGUUCGCCCUGGCAUUGUCAUGAAAGAUGAAAGUGGCAACAUCAAAUGCACCCCAAUCUACUCAAGGAUUGUCUCGCUAUAUGCUGAGCAGAAUGAGCUCCAAUUUGCUGUGCCUGGAGGGCUUAUUGGUGUGGGAACAACCAUGGACCCAACUCUAACACGUGCUGAUAGACUUGUUGGUCAGGUUCUUGGUGAAGUUGGCUCUCUACCUGAUGUUUACGUAGAGCUUGAGAUCAAUUUCUUCCUUCUCCGGAGACUUCUGGGUGUGAGGACAAAAGGUACAGAGAAGGCAGGGAAGGUGUCCAAGCUCACCAAGGGCGAGAUCCUCAUGCUUAACAUAGGAUCCAUGUCGACAGGCGCCCGCGUGCUUGCCGUUAAGAAUGAUCUUGCCAAGCUACAGCUCACCGCGCCCGUCUGCACAAGCAAAGGAGAGAAGGUUGCCCUGAGCCGUCGUGUUGAGAAGCAUUGGCGCCUUAUCGGAUGGGGCCAGAUCCAGGCCGGUUCAACACUCGAAGUGCCACCCUGCCCGCUCUGAAGCAUCAUCACACCAGAAUUUGAGCUGAAGCUGUGAGUGCUGUGAGGAGAAAACAUGAGAUUGUUGGUAGUCCUGCCUCUGUGUUACUUAGCCACUAGUCGGGUUUUGUUUCUUGGAAAUUUUGAAGGGCACUUUACAUUGUGUUACUAUAGGACGAGUCCUGUGAACAUUAGCAGGUUGAAAACCAGCUGCCUGUGGAUCAGUAUUGCCUUGUCGACAUUUAUGGUGGUGUCAUCCUGGGUUCAAUGUUUUCGCACCAAAUAUUUGUACUUUUCACUAAUGUUGGGUUGGCUACUUGAAGAAGCCUACCAAAUAGAACCACGUGUCGUUGUGCAUAUGCGCAAUUCAAUAAUUGCAAUGUUCAUUGAUCA